UAAUAUCGUCGGCUUUUAACUCCUUAAAACUAAGUAAAUUCAUAUUAUUCUCGUGCGUGUAAUAGUAUUUAAGAGUAAAUUGCUAGAAAAAUGAACAUUCAACUAAUUUUGUAUUUGAUAGUGUUAGGUGCAGUAAGAAAUAGCUGCGGUUUAUCUAUAGCAAAUACUGAAGCCUAUUGGAGAUAUUUGCCCAGCGUAGACUUUUCUUUAGCUAACGCCCAAAAGCCUGAUGUAAUUUAUACCCUUCUCACCAAUUCCUCACCCGAUAUAGGAACCAAAGUUACUGAAGAAACCAGCGAUGCUUUAAUUAUAGAUAAGAAUAUACCAACUAUACUAAUAUGUCACGGUUGGACUACAGAUGAUACGUCGGUAUGGUAUAGACCACUCAGGGAUGAGUACUUUAAACGAGGACUUCAUAUUAAUAUAAUUUAUUUAAACUGGAGCAAGGCUGGAAAUCAAACCUAUGACAUUGCAUGUGCCAAUUGCAAGCCUGUAGGAAAAUUCAUCGCUCAGUUUUUAAUUGCUUCGAAAGUAGACUUAUGUAAAGUCCAUUUAGUAGGUCACUCUCUUGGUGCUCAGCUAACAGGAUUCAUUGGUAAAUCCAUAGUAGCACUAACAGGCGGAAAGAUUGGAAGAAUCACAGCACUAGAUCCAGCUAGUCCCAAGUGGAAUGAGACUGAUAUGCUCGACUCUGAAAGACUUACUUGGAGCGAUGCAGAUUUUGUCGAUGUUAUACACACGGAUAUGAAACUACUUGGUUUUAGGAAACCUAUUGGACAUGUUGACUUUUAUCCAAAUCAAGCAAAACAUCAACCGGGGUGUCCUUUGUACGAAGAAGGACGUUAUAACUGCAACCAUGCUAGAUCGACCCUAUUCUUUAUAGAAUCAGUAGGAACAAAAGUUCUAGCUAAAGAAGGGCUCUUUUACGAAGAUGAGAAUGGCAUAGUGACAAUAACGCCAAAGAUCAAUGGAAAAAUGGUUUUAUUUGGACAACAUGUUGAUAAAAAUUCGAGAGGUGUCUAUUAUUUAACAACAAAUCCAACUAAACCUUUUUUGAAUAAAAUUGUUUAGAUAUAA